AUGUCUGUUCCCCUCUGUCUGUCCAUGUGUAUCUGUCUGUUUGUUUCUCUCCAUCUGUCCGUGUCUAUCUGUUCCUCUCCAUCUGUCCGUGUCUGUCUAUUCCUCUCCAUCUGUCCAUCUCUGUGUGUCUGUCUGUUCCUCUCUGGUUUCUGUGUCUGUUUGUCUGUUCUUCUCCAUAUGUCAAUGUCUGUCUGUCUGUUCCUCUUGGUCUGUCCAGUCCUCACAGUCUAUAGUAUGUCUAUCGUCCUAUCUGUCCCUCUCUGUUUAUGUCUGUCUGCCUGUUCUUCUCAGUCUGUCCGAGUCUGUCUAUCACUCUCCAUCUCUUUUCUGUAUCUUUCUGUUCCUCUGCCUUUCUCAAACUGUCUGUGUCUUACUCUGUUAAUAACUGUUUCAGUUUAUCCCUAUCUAUCUAUCUACCUCUUUAUAUACCUACAUGCAUAUCUACCUAUUGCUCUUGCUCUGAAGAUCCAGUACUCUCUCAGUCUGUCCCCAUGUCUCCCUCAGCUUGUCCAAGCAUGA